AUGGAGCUGGCGAGAGCGUUUUUGAAGUUGGGAGAGGUGUACGUGAGGAUCGAAGGUGCGAUGAUGAAUAAGUUGGAGAAGCAGAGGAUGGAAGCUGCAAAGAAGCUUGAGUUGCAAAGGAUGAACAUGUUGAUGGAUAUGCAGAUGGAGCUCAAAAGAUCCAAGCUUGGCAAACGUAGAGUUGCUGCAUCAGAUUGA